UAAAAUUUAAAACUUUUAACUAAAAACAAAAAAAUGGCGCGCAAAAAGAAAGCUUUAAAAGACUUAAAAGAGCACAAAAAUAAUACAACAACAAUAGAAGAACAAACAGCCGCAGCAGCAGCUGCUGCAUUACAAGAUCCCAACUCUCUUCUCAUGCCACAAAAAAAGAGAAACAGUUUUGAUGAGAAUCUAUUACAACAAAAACAACAGCAAAACUUUACACAAUACCAAAGUGAUGGAGAAUUAAUGGAAUUAAAACAAAAAUUAAAUUUAGAAAAAAAUAAAUCAAAUUUAUUUCUUAUCAAAUCCUAUUCAUUUAUCGAUAAAACCAAUAACAAACGACCUUCGUCGAUCAUAAAUGUUAAAGAGAAAAAAUUUCGAGAAUUUGAUAAAUUUCAACAACAACAUAAUGUGGAAAAGGAAGAGAGUAAAGAAGAGACUAAAGAAGAGAGUAAAUCCAAGAGUAAAAAGUCUGCAAAAAGUAAACUGGUCCAAAAGGGGGAAGAGAAAAAGGAGAAACCUAAAAAACCUCCCAAAUUAAAGAAAAUGAAAAAAUCUAAAUCUACUCACGAUUCCACAGAAAAUUUGGAGGAAUUCCAAGAAUUAUUGAGAAAACCCUCAGUGAUAUUGGAAGAUGAGGUUAAAACGGAGAUGACUAAAAGGCCUCAAUCUUUGCCCGUCAGCCAAAAUCAGCAUAGAUCUGUUAUUAAGUCUAAAACUUUGGAUGAUAUUGAGACGCCUCGUUUAAAAAGAGACUCAUUUAUACGUCACAGUUUACAGUCUAUACGUAGAAGUUUUUCCUCUUCCAAGAAACAUAAUAACAAUAUAAACUUUAUCUCCUCCUCCUCAACAUCCUCGUCGUCAUCUUCUUCAUGCUCUAACUCCUCCAUGGUCUCAGAUCCUAAGCGCACUAAAACAAAAACCAAAGAUUUUAAUAAAGAUAUUGGAAAUUUAAAAGAUGUUGAAGACUCUAACUAUCUUAUAGCUGUUAAGGAGGAAGACUCGGUUGAUGGUAUGCAGAUGGACUCACAACCCUGUAAUGUUGUUAUAACGCUAAAUGAUGCUCAAACUUUAGAAACAAAUUCUAUAAAUACAAAUACUCUUCUAACACCUCCCUAUACUAUGGAUCCUUUAGCUGUGCUUAAGGAAGAAGAUGAAAAGGAUUUAUGCUCAUGUUUUAAUCCCAACAAUGGCGUCAGCUGUAGUAGUAGUAAUAGUGUGACCAGUGUAAAUAACCCCCUAAGUUCACUUGCUCAGCUACCGACAGAUUCCACCGCUCUAUCGCCCAUGGCACCAUUGCAAACACACACUGAAUGUCUAAGUGUUCAGUGUUUAAAUACUUUAGAUCAAGAUUUUAAAUCUACAACAACAACAACAACAGCAACAACUCUAGCAGCAACUUCAUCCUCAUCAUCGUCUAGUCCACCACAAACAAAAACGAAAAGAAUAUUUCAACAACAACUAUCGAUACCGGAAUCCCUACAAUCAACGUCGAUAGGUUGUGCAACGUCUAGUGAAUAUUCGAGUGCAAGAUCCCUCAAACAUAGUGCCACCUCACUUACUCCGCUACCCUCGCUAAAUACCUCGGGAAGUUUGCGCAGCAUUAGCCCUUCACGUCGUAGCGCCAGUAGUAGCAACAGCAGCAGCACGGCCAAGCAUGAGCAAUCGACAACAGCAGCAGCUGCCGCCGCCGCUGCUGCUGCUGUCAAUGCUACUACAUCAAAUGGUUCCACCAUCACGAUGACAACAUCUAGCAAUAUCGCAACAGCGACAGCAACACCAGCUUCCGCAGCGACCGCAACAACGCCCCCCGAAAAAGAGAAGAAACGCAAAGAGAUCUCUAGCUCGCGUGUAAAAAAGUUCCAUAGACAUUUUGCUCAGGUGUCGAAAGAUGAGAAAUUAAUAAACUAUUUUUCCUGUGCUCUAGUCAGUGAUAUUUUACUGCAAGGACAUCUUUAUAUAACAGAUCAACAUUUUGCAUUUUACUCAAAUGUUUUUGGUUAUGUUACUAAGGUUGUUAUACCCACUUCCUCCGUUACAAAAAUCUCCAAAGAGAAAACCGCUAAAAUAAUACCAAAUGCUGUGGGCGUGGCCACCGCCGAUGAACGUCAUGUUUUUGGUAGUUUCAUAAGUCGUGAGGCGGCCUUUCGCCUCAUGUGCAGUGUUUGUCCGCCCUUGGGUGUACCCGAAAUAUUACCCAAAGAUCCGGCUAGCAUUGAAAUCUCUGAAGAAUACUCAAUUGAAGAUGAUAGCAGCUGUUCAAUAAGUGGCAAUGAAAGUCCCGCCCAAAUAACAGAACUACAGCAGGCCAAUGGUGGCGGUAAACUGUUACAAACUAACGAGACAACUAGUCAAACGUUACUGCGACGUUCGGUAGCCAGUUCGAAUUUAAGUAUUGCCGAUUUAACUAGACACUCAGACAUUCCUAUAAAUGCCAAAUCUACGCUAACAGCAAAUACAGCUUCCACCAGAUGCUCAGCUCCACCAGCAACGGGAGAACAUUAUAAUAAUAAUGCCUCCAAUGGUGGUGGUGCUGUUAAUUUAAUUGGUCUCAAAACUGUUUUACAACAACAACAACCCGCCCUUAAACCUACACCCGAUAGUGGUGAGGUUUAUACUAAUAAACUAACUAUUAUAGCAGGCUGUGCUUCCUCGACCACAUCGGCCACUUCCACGCCCACACCAUCUACAUCUUCAUCGCCCACCACGGUAAUGAAUUCAUCUGUCUUAUCGCCAGCUCGUACUAAAGCUAAACGCGUUUUAAAUACAUUCACUAGUGUUAGUCGGAAACUAUUGAAACAUGUUAAAUUUCCCACUGAAAUACAUGUGGUUUAUUUGGGCGUUUUGCUCACAUUACUAUUAGCAUUAUUUUCCAUAUUCCUAUUGUAUCGGAUAUUAGAUAUAGAAGCUAAAACUAGCGGUUAUCGAUCUCCUGUAGAAUUUAAUUGGCGUUCUGGCAAUGAUGAUGAUAUAUUUACCGAAGCUUUACGCUUUCAAAAGCAAUUACAACUUAAAAGUACUGAAGAAGCUCAGAAUAUACUUAAAACGAAUUUAGAACAAAUUGCCAAGGUACGCCGCAGUUUAGAAACCUUAUCGAUGUUAAUCCAUGACCGUAGCUCAUCGUUUGUUUCUACCCAUAACGAUGAUAGUGACUGAACUUAUUAUUAUUAUUAUAUUUAACGAGAAUUAAGUAAUUUAAAAAAAUUUCAACUAAUUUUUUUCUUUACAAUUAAGUUAGUAAAAUUUAUAUGUUUUUGUCUUAUUAGCAAAAUCAUUUAACUUAACAUUUAU